UUUUUUUUUUUUUUUUUUUUCUUCCCUUCCACGGAGCUUCAUUUCUGCGGAGCCAGCGCUGAGACAGGUCGCUGCUCUGGCUCUUCCCGCACUACUCGGGGAGAUCUUAUUUAUUGAACAAGAACACAUUAUUUCUUCUAAAGCACUGAGAGUGCACGCAUUUUCUUGGCCAAAGUUGCUGAAGUCUCUGUAGGACAGCUUGUCUUCUGCCUGGCUUUUGCUGUGUCUGAAACAAGCUGCAGAAGGGGCUUGCUGGAACUCGCCAGCCUUCUCUCACCGUGAACCCCAACUAGAGGCUGAACUCGCUGCUUCGGGGAAGCAAAGAAGGCAAGAAGAGGAGAAAUAAUUUCCCACCUUCUUGAAGACCUAAUGCUUUUCCCUUGGUCCGGGAGUGACAUGAUCCUCUGUGUUCAGGGACCUCAUCCUUUGCUGGCGGAGGAAAAGCUCAGGAGCCUGUCACUCAGGGGCAUUGAGGAAUUGUCAGAGCCCAUCAUGCAGCCUCUCCCAGUUAUGGCCUUCCAGGAGGAAUCUGCACCUGCCCUUGCAGCUCCAGUUCCAGACAGCACCCCACCUCAGACACGGGACCCUGAAGAAGACCUUCUCUGCAUUGCAAAGACCUUCUCCUACCUGCGAGAAUCUGGUUGGUACUGGGGCUCCAUCACCGCCAGCGAGGCCAAGCAGCACCUGCAGAAGAUGCCCGAGGGCACGUUCCUGGUGCGGGACAGCACCCACCCCAGCUACCUGUUCACGCUGUCGGUCAAGACCAACCGCGGGCCCACCAACGUGCGCAUCGAGUACACCGACAGCAGGUUCCGCCUGGACUCCAACUACCUGUCCAAGCCUCGCAUCCUGGCCUUCCCCGACGUGCUCAGCCUCAUCCAGCACUACGUCACGUCCUGCUCCUCGGAGAGCAAGAGCGAGGCUCCCUACCCGCCCCCCGCCCCUCUGCCCCCCCUGCAGAAGGAGAUGGCGGCGGCUGCCGUGCACCUGAAGCUGCUGCGGCCGCUGUGCCGCAAGGACAGCCUCCCCAGCCUGCAGCACCUGUGCCGCCUGCGCAUCAACAAGUGCACGGCCCAGGUGGAGCAGCUGCCGCUGCCCCGGCGCAUGGCCGAGUACCUGAAGCAAUAUCCUUUCCAGCUCUGAGCUCUGAGCUGUGGCUCCUCUCUCUCAGGCACAAAUGACAGACGCACGGCCGCGAGAACUCGGUGUCUCCGUCCCGCUGGAGGCGGGCACGGCCGAGGCCUGAUCGUCGGCAGAGACUGCAUCCAUCUUUCCUCUCCCUUCUCUUCACAUCCAUUCCAGCCCCAGGGAGGAGUGGCUUGUUUCAGUGAGCAGCAGGGCAGCAGCUGAGCUCUGACCCUCGGUCCGUGCCGGCAGUGGCUGUGAGAAGCUCUGUGGGCAUGGCCACACUACUUGAAUGUCAGAGCUGCUGUGACACUGGACAUGUUAACGUUGUUAUUUUUGCUAUUUAUUUCCGUGGCAGUUUCUCUCCUCAUGGUAUUUUUAAAGCACCUUUUACUUUAUUGGUUUUUUUGUUUCUUUUGUGGAAUUAGAGAUAGCAUAAAGGCUCCCAGCCAACUGGCAGCCGAAGCUCAGUGGGAAUUUGGAUUUGGAUUCACAUCCAAACAGCUUCUGUUUGAACCUGUCCCUGUGACAGGUUACAGGAGUCCACAUCCAAGCUCUCCUAGGCUUCUGGGGUAUGUGAGACUCAGAUGACUUUAUCCAGACCCACCUCUACAGAGGUAAAGACUAUUUGUUUUUUCUUCCUUAGCUACAAAGGGUAUCAACCUCAGAGCACAGUGGGAACUCCCAGAGAUGUGUGCUGCAUCACACGUGGACAGGAGACUUCUUUGAGGAAGCUCUUCUUCCUUGAGGGCUUUAAGCAGAGAUCUGGACAGUGAGGUUGGGCCAGGGAGCACUCAUCCCAUUUUUUUCCAUCUUCUCCAUCUCCAAAGAAAGUUUGUGACAAAACAUUUCCAAAGAAGUAAUUAGAAACCAAAUUUUCUCAUGUGCAGGCAGAAGGAUUUAAUUUCAGAGCACCCUGUGUUUGGCUUGUGUUUUCAAAGUGCUGUUCCCUGACCUUGGCCUUGCCUGAGACACAGGGCAGGGCCAGGGCUCCUUGAGCAGGGGCUCAGCCAGCUCUGCUGGGCUGCCCCAGUGACACGCACAGCUUCAGGAUAUUUAUUUAUUUAUUUCUGGGGUAACACUUAGAGGAUCUCACCCCCCAGAGCUGUCCUUGCUCCCUGCUCCCACAGUGCCAGACUGCUGCAUGCUCUGCUCCUGCCAGCAUUAGUCACUGGCCACGCGGCUUCUGCCAGCUCCAGGCUGGAGCACACACUGGAAACCACAACCAGCAUCUCUGUUUGCCAAGGUCCAGACCUCCCCUCCCCCCUGCUCUGGCUUGCAUGUUUGUUAUCCAUAAUUAGGCUUUUGGCUCUGGGGUUCCUUCUCACCCCCCAUCCCUUUCACACCCUGCAGAUGAGUCUCUUCCCCUGCUCUUUUACACACAGGAGGGGCAGACAG